CUUCAUCGCAUUUCGCUUUGCCUUAAUCUUCCCAUAUAUUCUAACAUCCAAUCGCCUUUUGUCCACUUUUCCUUUUGAUAGACAUAUCUCUCCCCAGUCCUGACAGCCUUGGCCUAUUAAGAGCCUCUUCACCCACUCAGACACAACACACACCAUCUUUAGCUUCAGGUUUCUCUGUUCCAAAUCUUCUUCUGAACAUGACAGGGAAGAGAAAUAACCAAACCAGUCCUGUGGGAAGCCCAACUUCUGGGAACAUCUCAGACAGCUCGUCCAAAGAACAGGACAGGUUCCUCCCCAUCGCCAACGUUAGCCGUAUCAUGAAAAGGGCGCUUCCAGCCAAUGCCAAAAUCUCAAAGGAAGCGAAAGAGACGGUUCAAGAAUGUGUGUCUGAGUUCAUAAGCUUCAUUACGGGAGAAGCAUCCGACAAGUGCCAGAGAGAGAAGAGGAAGACAAUCAACGGCGACGAUCUUCUGUGGGCUAUGACAUCGUUGGGGUUCGAGAACUACGUCGGACCCUUGAAGGUGUACCUCAACAACUACAGGGAAACAGAGGGAGACAAAAGUUGUGUUGGUACGAAACAAGAAGAUCAAGCUCAGACAGAAACAGAUGAUGGGGCCGCCCAGAUCAACAAGUUGGCUAAUUCUGUGUCGGCCAAAGCGGAUGUUGCGGGUUUCAAUGGUCCGUUUUACUCUGCUAUGUCCCAGGCUGCUCCGAAAAGCUUCACAGAGAUAGGGCUCACUGGCUUCAGAGAGAACCCCAUGAACAUGGCUAUUGCUCAGAAUGCAGUUCAUAAUGAUGCAGAUGGAAACCUGCGUUACAGGGUUGAAUGGUAGAGAUAUGACGGGAAGAACUAAGGAUUUAAAACUUUUUAUUGCUGAUUAAGCUGCGCAAGGAACGACCCACUUUAUAUUUGCUUGAAAGCCUCUAGCAGUCUAGCUAAAUAUGUGCCUCUGAAAGAUAAGUCAACAUAUAUAUCAAGAUUUUGUAUCUAACUCCCAAAAAACAGAGAGAGAGAGAGAGGAAAAAAGAAAAAUCAACUAGCUACUGAAAUAAUGCAUCUGAGAUUGGCGCUCUAAAUCUCUAUCUGACGUACUUCUAAUUAAUUUCUCCAUGAUCAUCGCACAAAGUAUUCAAAGAUGAUAACAACUAGGGAGCAGCAAAGAGACACGGUCUUGGCAGGCUAUGCUGCUUCUUCAUUUAUGAAGAAACUCUUGUUUUA